UGCAGUGGGACCUUCUUAUCUGCAGCCCUGGAGCAGCAACUGGACAUUAUCGGAUCUAUUGCCGGCAUGGACGGGUUUUCCGGUGGCAUCGAUAUCAAUAUAUUUGACAGCAACUCCACGGAGAAUGGUUCCGGGGACUUUGAGGAUUUCAGUGAGCCGUGCUUCAUGCACGACAACAGCGACUUUAACCGGAUCUUCUUGCCCACGAUCUACUCCUUCAUUUUCCUGCUGGGCAUCAUCGGGAAUGGACUGGUGGUGGUGGUCAUGGGCUAUCAAAAGAAAUCCAGGACCAUGACGGACAAAUACCGGCUGCACCUUUCGGUGGCCGACCUGCUUUUUGUGUUCACCCUGCCCUUCUGGUCUGUGGAUGCUGCCAUUGGAUGGUACUUUAAGGAGUUCCUCUGCAAGGCGGUCCAUGUCAUUUAUACUGUCAACCUGUACAGCAGCGUUCUGAUUCUGGCGUUCAUCAGCCUCGACCGCUACUUGGCGAUUGUCCAUGCCACCAACAGCCAAGGCUCGAGGAAGAUGCUGGCCGACAAAGUGGUGUACGCCGGCGUGUGGCUUCCAGCCCUUCUGCUGACGGUGCCCGACUUGGUGUUUGCUCGGGUCAGCGAUGAAAAUGGGCAGUUCGUGUGCGACCGCAUUUACCCCAUCGACAACCGGGAGACUUGGACUGUUGGGUUUAGGUUCCUGCACAUCACGGUUGGACUUAUCUUGCCUGGUCUGAUCAUUCUGAUCUGUUACUGUGUCAUCAUAUCAAAGCUUUCCCACUCCAAGGGCCACCAGAAGCGCAAAGCCUUAAAGACCACCGUCAUCCUCAUCUUGGCCUUCUUCGCCUGUUGGCUUCCUUACUAUGUCUGCCUCACUACCGACACAUUCAUGUUGCUUGGGCUGUUGAAGGCCGACUGUAUUUGGGAGAACACCCUACACAAAGCCAUAUCCAUCACGGAGGCCUUGGCCUUCUUCCACUGCUGCCUCAACCCCAUCCUCUACGCCUUCCUUGGGGCCAAAUUCAAGACCUCCGCUCAGAAUGCCUUCACAUCGGUCAGCAGGGGCUCAAGCUUAAAAAUAUUGUCCAAAAAGCGAGCCGGACUUUCUUCUGUCUCAACAGAAUCCGAAUCCUCCAGUUUCCACUCCAGCUAACAGUGCUCGGGGGCCUAUGGACAGAUUUUAUAUGAAGCUAAAGACUGAUCUCCAUGUAUAUAGUUCAUUUGCCAUAUGGAUUUAUAUUGACUUAUCUUUAAUGACUAUGACACUUCCUUGCCUUAUUUAUAUGAACCCCCCCCCCCCCAUUUAUGUGCGUGUGUCUUUAAAGUAGGCGGGCCCUGUGAACUAUUGAUUGGUUCAUGAUAAAUUUGUUAUCCUUUUAUAUGAAUUCCAAAGUCAAACUACCCAACAUUCAGAUUCACCCACCGUCGCAGUGUUAGCCAAUGAGAACAAUGAAUUCAUUUUUUUUUUUGUUAUUCGCAGACCAAUGAAAUCAGAGCAUUUCAUUGAUGAUUUCCCAGUGUGUUUUUAAGUAAAUACUGCAAUGCUUUUGUAGAUACGAGUUGAGGUUUCUGCUUGUAGUUUAGGAAACCAGUGGUGAAGCUGUAGGUGUUUCAGAUAACUAGAAAGUUGGUUAUUUUAAACUGGUAGUAGCGUCUGAGUGGGUGUAGGGGGCGAUUGGAAGAUCACUGGGCUGUUAACCAUUGCAGUUCACAUUAUCCCCUGUGGGUGGUGCUUCACAUAAGCCAAAGCUUGUUAAACUAAGUUGCGAUUAAAAAAGCGGAGAGGCAAAUGAGAAUGAUAAUUGCUGGCUUUGAUGAACUUAGAUAUGCACCAAUCACAGCCAAUUCCUAAUUCGAGCUUUUCAGCUUCAAAUGAUGACAAACGUGGGUACCUUAAUUACUUUGUACCCGUGAAGGCACUUAAAACUACAUAAUCAUUUUGUGCUGUGACAUCCGCAGAUCUCUAAUCUGUAGCACUGCACCUAUUAAAUGACUAUAUGGCAUCUUCUGGGCAUGCUGGGAUUUGUAGUCCAGUAGUGGCUGCAGUGCAACAGCUUAGCUAUCACUGACUGCCCCAUACAGGUCCAACAGCCCUUCCAGGCUUCUACGUCUUACCGUUCCCCCCCCCCCCCCCCAUAAGCCACGUUAGAGGAGACACUUUAAUUAAUGUUGUAUAUUUUGUGUUUGUCAAUAAAACCUGAUUGAAUGAAA